AUGAGACGCAUGGGAGGAUGGCUAGGCGCAAAAGCCGGCCAGUCAACCAGCAAGUCCAUGACCGCUCUGGACGAACACCACGCUCUCCAAGAUGCCAUGACCUCUGCUGCCCUCAUAAUCAACGACGAGGUAGAGCAAGCCGAGCUGCAGCUCAGCAAAGGAACCUCGCCCUUCCACAAGCUAGGCCGAGCGACCGCUAUCUUCCUACGAGCUACCUUGGGCUUCGAGAAAGAAAUCAUGGAGCAGGCUGGAGCGCGGAUAGCAGAGGCAGAAGAGUCGGCGGCUGAGCAUCAACGGCGAGCUCAACGAGACCACUCUACGUCGUAUCAGAGCCAGAUAUACCCGGCUGGAGCGGAGUAUGCGCUGUGUCAUGCAGAGGCCCAGCUCAUGUCUGCUGUCAUUGCUGUCUUGAAUGAGAGUUUGACGGAGAGUCUAAGAGGUUUCUAUAAGCUGCGGAAGGCGUUUGGCACCUUGUACGAGAUACACGAGGCGGAGAAGACGUACCUGCGAGCUAGGGGAAUGUCGAGGCCAGGCUCGAAGUCAUCUUCUGCUGCACCUUCAUCUACAUCACUAGCAAGUGAGCCACCGCCGGCAUACUCGGAUGCAACAAGAAAACCUGCCGUGGACAUCAAAGGCACGCCGGACGCUAAAGACACACCCUCUGGUGUGCUCACACCUACAAGUUCAGACGAAGAUGACGACCUAGAGUUCGUAGAUGCGGAAGAUGGGAAAGAUAUGCCACCAGCUGCUGAUAAAUACAGAGGCCAUCUAGAUAUGCCCAACAUGAAAAAUAUAAAGCUAGACGACGCAGAUGUAAACAACUCAACCUUACCCAACACCGCCACUACAACCCUCCCCUCAGCAGUAGAAGCAGACUCCAAAGGCGCCGCCUACGAAGCCGAGCAAGAAGCCGACUUCCGCACCAUCACCUCUGACCCGAUCGACCUCUUCAUCCACAGUGGUACAGGCCUCUGCUACGGCCUCCUCCAACUCCUCCUCAGCAUGAUCCCGCCCGCCUUUGGCAAACUCCUCUCCCUCUUCUCCUUCCGCGGCGACCGCGAGACCGGCCUCCGCAUGCUCUGGUCCGCGACCAAAUUCAAACACACCAUCAACGGCGCCAUGGCCGGCCUCAUCACGCUGGGCUUCCACAACGGCGCCAUCGCCUUCUGCGACAUCCUCACCUCCGACGCAAUGCCGGAAGCAAGACUCCGCAAUCUGUUGUCAGAGAUGCGCUCUCUCUACCCCAAAUCCAAACUCUGGCUUCUAGAAGAAUGCCGCAUGCUCUCCCGCGACCGCGACCUCGCCCAAUCCGUCUCCCUGCUCCAAAACGCGCCCAAAUCUUCGCUCAAACAGGUCGACGCGCUCGCUCUAUUCGAAACUUCUCUCAGCUUACUCUACCUCCACCGGUACGAAGAGUGCGCCGACUCCUUCGUCAAAUGCGUCGGCAUGAAUAACUGGAGUCACGCAAUGUACUUCUACAUCGCCGGCGCCUGCCACGUUGAACUCUACCGUAUCCACAAACAGAAAGAUGCGAAGAAAGCUGCUAUGCACGCCGAGCGAGCGGAGAAGUUGCUAAGAGAAGUCCCCGCGCACUCUGGGAAAAAGAAAUUGAUGGCCCGCCAACUCCCCUUCGACGUCUUCGUCGGCCGCAAGAUCAUGAAAUGGGACGCUCGAUCCAAGGCCCGCGGGUGCAGUUUCGUGGACGCGGUGGGAGUGAGUCCGGCGACGGAGAUGACGUAUCUCUGGUCCGGCUUUACACGGAUGCAGCCCUCGCACGUCGAAGAAUCCCUCUCUCUCCUCGCCUGGUCCGAAGGCCAGUCAGGCUGGGAUGCCGAACCAGCGGACGAACGCGCCCUCCUCGCCUUCCUCCGCGGCGUCUGCCAGCGCUUCCUCUCCCGCCCCGACCUCGCCCGCUCCACCCUCACCGACUCCGCCCUUUGUUAUGACCUCCCCAAACUCAAAGCCUGCGAACACCCCGACACCUGGCCCCUGCCCGUCGCGCACUACGAGCUCGCCGUCCUGCACUGGACGGCUUGUGGCGGGGAGAAAGGGGAUAAGGAGGGUUGGGGGAAGUGUAGUGAUGAAUUAGCAAAGGUGGAGGGGUGGGAGGCUUUUGAGCUGGAUGCGAGGGUGGGGAUGAAGGUUAGGACUGGGAGGGAGACUUUGAGGAGGGUGGGAGGGAGUGGGACCUAG